GGAAUCACCUUUGGAGGUUUUUCAUGUUCCUUGUUGAUUUGCUUAAUAUAGAGUUUUUCAGUUUAGGAUUUGUUUAGUUGAUUUGCAAUUUUAAGCUUUUAUAUUGUACUAAAGUGUUUUGGUUUGGGCUGUCUUUUCUGCCUUUCUUAGCAACGGUCUGUUUAUGACCUUUUUUUUUUCUCCAAAGGUCACCUUGUUUGUUGGUUCCUGGCAGUUUAACCUGUGUUUUUUGGUUUGGUAGGAGUUGAGUUUGGGAUGAUAAAAAAAAGUUAGGAGUUUAUCAUCCCACUACAUACGUUUAUCAUGAAAAUGAGAUAAUGUUUGGUAGUCAUCAUCAUCUAGCAUUGGGACUACCAAACAGAUUUCGAGGAUUUAUCAUGAACGAAGAGGCUUUUCUUUGAUUUUCCCAGAUUUAUAACAUGUUUUUGGGACUUUGGUUUUGGGCUUUUCUUUGUUUUUUCCGAAUUUAUUCUCCUUCGCUAUCCUUCAUACUCCGUUCAAAUCAGAUUAUUUUUUUAUAUUGUUGUUCCUUAUUUUUCUUACCCUUUUCAAAUCGAGUGACUUUUUUUGAUGUGGUUGUUCUUCAUCUUUUAAAAAAUAUAUAUCUACAAGAUCUUCCUUUGUCCCCUUUAUUUAUUUUCCUAUGUGCGUAUCUUUUUUUUUCCUUUUUAAAAUGCAUAGAAGCCCUUUGAAUGGGACCUGCGAAAGUAUUGAUGCAUUUCUAAAGGACAUUUGAAAGAUUUAUUUCUAUGCAGUAAUCUGAACAAUAUGAGGUGAACAGAAAAUUUCCAAUAUGAAGUGCUUAUUUUUUCCUGUACUUCAUCUUUUUUUUAUUUUUUUGUUGGCCAAUGCCAUUUUUGGGUUUGCUGGAAGUCUUUGAAUAUGAUGGCAAGGCUUCUCUGGAUGUACUCUGUUUCUGUAACCUCUCUCUCAGACUUAUAUAGGAAAGGCUUGUCAGGGGCAUCCACUCAGCUCUCCUACUUUUCCUCCAAAAGGAAGAAGAAAAUCCAAGUCAGAUGUCAGAGAAAGAUUUGGCUCUCAUGCAGGCAAUGUAUUAGAUCACUGCAUCUUUUGGAAAAGGUUCUAUCAUGUGGAUUGGCUGCUUUGCCCCUGUUAAACAAGUUUCAGUUGUGUCUACAGGUUCAUUUGCACUUGGGAUUGGAGGAUUUCCAAAGAAACUUAAUGCGACAAUCCCGACAGGUGAUUUUACUAAAUUGGAUUUUGAAGCCUACAAUGGGCCUUCCAGAGGAUAUAGCGUUCUUUUCAAAGUAAAGAAAGCCUAAUACUGCUUAAAGAAAGCUUUGGUUUCACGUAAGCAAGAAUUAGUGUACACUCAUCUUGAGGUUGUCGCGGGAGAACUUAGCAAAUCUUGCCAUGGGUGGCAGCAGAAACAAAAUUACUUUUGGACAGGGGAAAGAUGCAUUGUGCGUUUCAAGCUCCAUGCAUUGUACAAAUCAUUUUAUUAAACUGAGCAUCUCCAUUUUUUUUCCCUUCCACACUAAUGCGCGGUUUAUGCAUUAAACUAGGGAACUAGGGUAAGUAGGGUCAUGGGAUAGAAAAGAAAUCAUGUAUCCGUGAAUCAUACAUUUCACAUCUAAUAUAUUAGUAGUUCUGCAAAUUUCAAAUUCUCUUGUUAUAUCUGUAACACAUUUCCUUUUCUAAAACAAGAGAGAUAACUCGGUUACCGAAUUAUCUUGUUACAUUUGUCCCACAGUUUUGUGUUGUUAAUCAGUACGUACAACUUCAAUAUUAAUUUCUAUCUAUAAUUAC